AAGAAAGACGUUACGGUCAAAGAUAGAUACCAAGUACACAACCAUGUUACAACAUCUGACAGAAACUUUGGAACGAACUAAGUACGUAUGUACUACAGCUGAUAUUUGGUCAUCAGCGAAAAGAAGUUUCCUUGGGAUAACUGCUCACUAGAUAAACGCAAGUUUUCAGAGGGAAAGUGCGGCUUUGGCUUGUCGCAGAUUUAAGGGUAAGCACUCUUACGACAGAAUUGCUGAAAUGAUUCACGAUAUACAUUGUGAAUUUAAACUUGACGCAAAAAAAACUGUAAAAGUAACAACGGACAAUGCGUCAAACAUGGUGAAAGCUUUUUCGAUGUUCAGUCAAAACAAUCAAACAAUCGAUUUGGAUAACAACGACAAUGAUGAUUCAGAUGAUGAUUUUGUUAUACAAGGCAUAACUGAGACCACUGAGGGAAUUGCGGGUGACUCCGGUUCCAUAUCCGAAAUAUUUCUACCUGUACAUCAGCGCUGUGUGAGUCAUACACUAAAUCUGUUAGCCACAGUGGACAUCAAAGCUGCAUUAACAGGGUCCGUAUUUGGAAACAGUGGAGGGAGCUAUACUCGUUCCCAUCAUUCUGCCUUUGGAAAAUGCUCUGCCAUAUGGAAUUUAACAUCUCGAUCUCCUAAAGCUGCUGAGACAUAUGUCGCUAUUACAGGAAAGGCCUCAUCAUCACCCUGUGUCACUCGUUGGAACUCAACUUUCGAUUGCUUAAAUGAUCUUAUUACAGUCAAACAAUUCCUUGGUAGUGUUUGCGAUGCACUUGAACUGCCAAAAUUCAAGGACACUGACUUGGAAUUCUUAGCAGAAUACAUUGAAUGCGUCAAACCAAUCGCGAAAGCUUUAGAUAGGCUACAAGGCGAAAAAAAUUGUUUUUAUGGCGAACUUUUAUCAGAUUUGCUGCAAACGCAAAAGAAGUUGCAAAAACUACAACUCCGGCAUUUAAAAUACUGUGCGAAAUUAGUAGUCAUGCUGUUAGAGGGCUUAAACAAAAGAUUCAGUAAUUACUUUGACUUUUCCUACCAAGUAAACGAUGCUAUUUUAGCAGCUGUUAGCCAUCCGUUCUUUAAGUUACGUUGGGUACCAAAAGAAAGAAAAAAUGAUGUCAAAGAAUUGCUUGUUAAUGAAACUGAAUCUUUACUAACCCAUAUGUCAAAAACUCGAAAUGAUUCGAUGAAUGUAUCCGAAGCCACACACAGUGAAAGCUUUUUUACCUUUGAAGGGGGAUUUUCGGAUGAAAGUGUUGCAAACACCUCCAUUAAAAAUACGAUUGAACUGCAAUGCUUGCAGUAUUUGCAAAAUGAAGAUACACGUUUGGACUCGCUUAAUGCAUUUCCUACGAUUAAAGAAGUUUUUAUAAAAUAUAAUACUGCGCUCCCGUCGUCUGCGCCAGUAGAACGCUUAUUUUCGUAUGGGGGUAUGAUUAUGCAGCCCAAUCGUCGAAGCAUGUACGAUGAUACUUUUGAAAAACAAUUGUUGCUUAAAUUAAACAGCGUGCUUAUCAAAUAAAACUAUAAAAUGUAUGAAUACCCAAAUCAAUUUACUAAGGAAAAU